AUGAUUCUUUUCCACAUUCUCCUUGCCCUAUCCGCGGCAACAUUUGCUUCCGCCGACACCCUGAUCGACACCCUCCAGCAGAAUGGCUUCAGCGACUUCGCCAGUAUCUACCAAGAUGCGGACCCUAGCAUUCUCUCCAGCAUCGACGUCGGCAGCAACUUCAUCAUCUAUGCCACCAACAACACUCAGUCUGCCGUCAACUCCACCCUCAGCCGUCGUAGGACCACCAGCCAGUCCCAGCGUGCCGCCAUGAGUUCGGUGCAGAACACGGCUUCCAGUUCGAAGAAGCUACGCUUCAAGCGCCAGCAGGCUAACUCUCCUGCAGCUGUCUACGAAUCUCUGCUGAGUGACCCGGAGAUUGUCAACCUCGGCCUGGGCGUCAACCAGUCUCUUGUUGAGAAGCCCGUCGGAGACGCGGGUGUGCCCAACGUUUUCGCCGGUGCGGGUCAGGUUGUUCCGAUUGUGGGUAAUGACAUCCCCUUUGACGGAGGUGUCAUUAGGCCCGUGGCUUCCCUCCUCGAGAUCCCUGGCGCCGUCCCCAGCACCCUCUCCCUCUUCCCCAACCUCUCCAACCUUACCGCCCUCUUGACUCAAUCCAACCUCACCGGGCCCGUCAGCGAGACCGCCGGCAUCACCGUCCUCGCACCCGAGGACAGCGCUUUCGCCGCCGUCAAUAUAUCGGCCCUCACCGACGAGCAGAUCGUCGGCAUCCUCAGCCAGCACGUCAUUGUCAACUAUGUCGGUUAUUCCCCGCUGUUGAAGGAUGGACAGGUCCUCAACACCCUGGCCAACGGCACCGUUACUGUUGCUGUGAGGGAUAGCGGUGUCUACUUCAAUGGUGCAAAGGUCACUGCUUCUGAUGUCAUUGUUGAGAAUGGCGUUGUGCAUACUGUUGCUUCGCUUGUCGGCUCCGGGGACGGCGAGAACCCGCCCGCCACUGGCACUGCUGGUCGUGUCGGACUUGGUUUAAAGACUCUCGGCCUUGGUGCUCUGGGCAUGGCUGUUGCUGCAUUGUUCUAAUGUAAUUGCUAAUCUUUGACUGGAAGUUGGGUCACAGGCUGGGUGUUGAAGGUUGAGGAAGGUAACGGAGUCUAAUGCGUUAACGAUUGUAUGACGAAUAAAUGAUCUAUACCCUGUCUUGA